AUGUACCGCAAUCUGAGCAUCCUUGCCAUAGCACUCUCAAUCAAUGGACUUACCUCCGCUAAGCCCAUCAAUGGAAAGUUCCACGCUGUGAAGCGGGCAGAUCCUGUGUCCUACCCCUACGGCGAUGCACUCCCCAACGAAUUUCAGUGGCUUGGCUGGGACGCCAACGAUGAAGAUCAAAAGAAAGACGGGCAAAAGAUACACGAAGCGUUCAAGCAAUGGGCAGACUUAGCCAAAGCAGGCAUUACGGCUGCCGGAGGCGCUCCCGACAACGUGCACUUCAAACGUUUCUUCGGCAAGCAAGACGCGGACGACACAGAAGCCAUUCAAAAGACCAUGGCAAACAUGUACGACACCACAGCAGACUCGGCUACAGAAACCAUUAAGAAAAUGGUCCUUGAGCGUUCUGACUUCGGCGACCAUUGUGAGAAAGACGGUUGGUUCGCGUACACAACUCCCACGGAUGGACACUUCCACCUGUGUCCCAAAGCAAUUGCCCUCAAGCAAAAUUCGGAGACCGAAUGUGCGGAUUUCAAGCGAGACUACAUCGACAACACGGCGAGGACGCUGUCUUUUGUCAUGCUACACGAGUUCACGCACUACGACUUUGUGGCAGACGACAGGAUCGGUGGUAUCAUUGAUAACGCCAUAACUUCUGUCAAUUGCUUCAACCUUGAUGAUGACGAAAAGCUCAACAAUGCUCAGAGCUACGCGUUCAACGGCGCAGAGCAAUACUGGUCCGACAAAUGUCCAGACAAAGACUUCACCGACCCUGGUGUUAAACGACCGGAGCAAACUCCUACACCGACCCCCACACCCACACCCACACCAACCCCCGAACCCGUAGCCCCCUACGCCGACCAACCAGGCCAAUGCCACAUCCACGUCAACGAAUACGAAACCUGCGACUCUCACGACGAAAACCUCAGCGUCGAAAUAACAAUGUGGGACGUUUCCGGCGCCCAAAUCGGCUACGUCGACAGGACCGUCGCCGGUGCCGGAAACCCACUCAUGAUGAAGAGCAAGCUAGAAAACACCCUCGAAGUCACGCCAGAGAACCAGAAGGAUUACAUCCAAUUCACGCUGGGCGGCCAGUCAUGGGCGACGAACAAGGAUAACGAUGAGAGUGCGCCGACGUAUUGUAAGUGGUACGGCUCAGGAGUCUAA